AAUUUCUGAGGGGGCCAGAGCCCAGACAUUUUACCAACCUCCAUUAGCACCAGUCCAGCAAGAUUGCACAGCCCCCUUCUUUUUCUUCACAAUUUUCCCCAUCUCCAUUCUUGACUUUUGAUAACAUCAAGAAAACAAAAAAAGCACAAAAAUAAGAAGAAAGUAAACCCACUAAGAAAUUUUCUUUUUUUCCUUAUUUCUUGUUCAUUGCUUAAGACCAAAGAAUUGCAGAGAAAGGCCAAAAAAAAAAAAAAGUUGCAGGUAAAGAUGAAUUUUAUUUCCGUAUUGGAAGUGCAGAGGUUGAAAUGGAUGCUUUGACAAAUACCCAUUUGCUUAUUUCACUUGUAAAUGCAACUUUGUAGAUCAUUAGCCUCCUGGAUUUCACAUAUCUUUGCUUGCAUGGGCCAUGUAUAAUAUAUGUUGUUUAAGGAUUGAAAUAGAGGCACGUUUUCGAAGUAUUCCUUUGUGUUCUGCUUUUGGGUUUCUUGGAGAAUAUCUUCGAGCCAUCCUUGGUACGAUGAUGGAAAAGUUGAAGGAGACAUGGAGGGCACUUCUUAAUAGCAGAAGUUGUCUUGGGUGCUGUGUAAAGCCUCCACAUGUUAUUUCAGUGGAUAGGCCAUCCAAAGGACAGAAAGUUCAGGGUCAACGCUUGAGGAAACGCAGUUCAAGGGACGACUUUUGGAGCAGUAGUGCUUGUGAGAUGGAGAAUAGUGCAUUUCAUUCACAACGAAGCGCCUCAUCAAUUAGUACUUCAAAUCAGGGCCUUCAAGCUCAUAGUAGUUCCAGCACCGCAAACAACAAUUCUGAAUUUGUAAAUCAUGGUCUAAUUCUUUGGAGUAAAACUAGGCAAGAAUGGAUUGGAAAUAAAACACCUCAGAAGCGUACUUCACCUCGAGAAUCGAAACUAAGCUUUGAUGCGAGUUACGAAACUUUGCUGGGGACCAACAAGCCUUUUCCUCAGCCAAUCCCUCUAUCUGAAAUGAUAGACUUUCUUGUUGACGUCUGGGAACUGGAGGGACUGUAUGAUUGAGCUGCUAUUUAACUGAUCUUAUCCCACCCCCCCUCAAAAUCAUUACAUUUCUGUUUGUAAAGUCUACAGAAACCAGGGCAGAAAGGGUGAAAACAAUCAUGUUCAUUCUCAGUAUUUAAAAUUAGAAUACCUGAUAGUUUUUAAAAUGAAGGAGGGAGGACCUUUGUUUAUUUUGCUAAUAAACGAAUUUAUUUUCAAGAAAAGUGAUUUCCAAGCAUCCAAUGAACUCCUCUAGAUGAAAUCUCGUGAGAUUGAGGAAGACAUUACACAUCUGUGUUCUAAGUGCAUGAUGCCUAUGGUUUUGACUGUUUCAGCCAGUCGUAGUGAUUUUAAAGAAUAUUUCCAUCUUCCCGUAAAGAGAGACGAGAUUCACAGAAUACAGUAGUCAACCUGUCUGACUUUGGUCUGAAUUCGGACACCUGGUUUUUAAUCUUUUAUUAGAGAUAAAAUUUUACUCGAUUGGAGAUUAUAAAAUAUUACUCCCUCUGUUUCAUUUGA